UCAUCAUUAAUCUUGUAAACUGUGGUGGGGGAAAGCACUGACUGAUACUACAUCAGCCAGUAUGUGGUAAUCAUUCUAUCAUAUGCAGAGAAUAUAGCCUCCAAUAAUAAUAUUUGGGUUCUAAUAGGCUGAUAUUUUUUAUAUGGAUUUUUAGAUAUCUCAAUCAUGGAAAAAUAUUGCAUUUAUAUAGUCUCUGCAAAUAAUUGUAGAAUGAUCUACAAUAGUAAUAUCAUUAAAUCCAACUGAUUACUCACGACAAACUUUUACUGUCAAUGAAACUUAGAAACUUUAUAAAAUGUUUGCAAAAAGGAAAAUAGAUCCAGUACUGGAAAAACUAAGGAAUGAAGUGGAUGGACCACCAAAUUUAGAUAUGAUUAUCUUGAAUAUCCAGAAAGAAUCAUCACGUGUUCACGCUGCAUACUUAUUUGAGCAUAUUGGCAAAGCCACGUUACAAAGGUUAUGCUUGUUGCUGAGCUCCACAGCAACAGGAAAGAUCUAUGAUGGAUGGCAGGAAUUUGCAGCAUACAUGGGCCUAACGAUGGAGCAGAUACGUUGCAUAGAUUACGAUUUCAAAGGGCUUCAGGAUCCAACGUAUUACGUCCUUUUGACUUAUGUGCAGUGUCCUGAUGCAACGAUGGAUAAAAUUCUGAGUGCUUUGCAAAAAAUGCAACGGCUCGAUGUGAUAAAUCAAAUUAAAGAUUACGUGCAUGAUCUAAUCAGUGUUGCGUCACAAUGUGCUACAUGCCAUGAUGGAUCUGAAAUAAUUAAACCAGGACAUAUACCGAGAGCACCAUUAGUCCUAAGUCCUAUUUUGACAGGAGAAUGCAGAAGUGGAAUGAAAGAAAGUGAAUCAAUAAGCACAUCACAAGGAGAUAAUCAACGAAAAAAGAUUGAACAAACGUAUGGCUGCAUAGUUAUGCUGACUUUCACUGAUGAUGGUUUAGCAACAGCCGAAUACAUCACAAAGAUAUUCAGAUCCAAACAGCCGCGAAUCGGUGUGCUUAUAUUGCAAGAGCAAGAGAAACAUGUCUACAGCCAAGCUGAAGAAUUCAUAGAUGAUUGUUUUAACCAGGUCGAUUAUGUUAUACCGAUACUAACAAGAGGAUACGUCAAAAGAAUAAAUAAUCCUGUGAAAAUGUAUGAAGAAACGAAUAAUAAUUUGGACACAAAAUAUUUGAAAUACAUAUAUUCUUUGUUGAGAUAUGAAUACAUGAGAAAUCAAUGCUGCAACAAUCGCGUGAGAUGUAUCGUGCCUGAUAAAGAUGUUUGUACGAUUGUGCAAACUCGCCUACAUCCUACAUUGCAAGCAUGGUUUCGUGAGAGCAAAAUUGAUGAUUUCGUAAACAAUAUUCUCUUUCACAAAAUUUGAUGUAGAAACUAUAAAUACUCGUACAAAAACAUAACUUUUGUGAAUAAUUUUUAAGGAUUUAUAUUUUUUCAGAGCUUUUUGAAGACUGUGGUAUUAAUAGUUUUCUUAUAAAACAAUAUUCUCUUUCAUAAAAUAUGCAAAUUGUGUGAGUUUUGUAUCUCAAACAAGUACAAAAAUUUCAUAAGUGACUAUUAAGAAUUUAAAUUCUUAUAAAAAUUCUUUAUAUUGUA